AUGGAUAUGCCGUCUCAGUUCGAAGCAGGACAAGAGGAUGGAGACCGGUUCCGGAGCCUCACCGAUCUAAAGUGGGGGAAAUUCGAGUCGCUGGGAUUUGGCGGAUUGGGUCAAGAGAAGCUAACGGAACAGAGUGCGAAACGACCAGUGCUCAGCUGGAAUGACCCCUCACCUAUAGGAUUCACAAGAUCAGAUAUAACGCCUCUCAGCGUGACACUGCAGUUCCCGCCCCCAAUGUCAACCACGAUCUCCUCUUAUCAGCCGGCUGAAUACGCCAAGAAGCUGAAAAUGGCCGCAAAGCAUAUACUGGUGUUUGGAUGGGAUACAGAACCUGUUAUCGAGUUUCAGCCAGACGCCGUACUUCUGUUCGACGAAUUUGUUCCCCUCGAAUAUCGGCAGCAGAUAAGCUCCUCGUCUUCUGGGUCGAGCCAACUUCCUCCUGCUGAAUAUAGCAGUGUGGAUUUUGAGACGCGUCUGGCGAGUCUCGAUGGGGAAGACGUGUACGAGGACUACCCACCCAUUGACGGCAUGCCGAAGAAACGCGAGGACAGGGGAGAGGAUGUUGAUCCCGUUAGCCUCGAAGUGCAGAAGGUGCUUAAGGGUGUGAGGAAGAUGAGCCAGAGCCCGGAGAGCCAGCGAACGGAGAAAGUCCCUGUAGGGGAUGAAGAGGAGGAAUCUAUUGGAUUCGAGAGGGUUCCCUCGAGGCUGGGAAUGAACGACUAUGUCGAUGAUCCUCGACAUCCACAGUACUACGACGAUUCGCUGGAUUACGAUGCAGAUGGCCCUUCGAUGACUGAACAGUUGAUCCAGUCACUCCAUUAUGAUCAACAUGAGUUCGAGGACGAUGAACCGGAGCCGGUGGUGGAGGUUGAGGAGGAGAAAGAGGAAUUACCGCCCCGACCUUGCAUCUUAAUGGCGAUGGCUACUUCUCCAAGGGCAUUGCCUACUCCCAUGGUCAUGCUGAAGAUUGUUAUGACACUGGCUCAGAAGGAGGCAGAGGAGGAGGAGGAAGUACUGCCACCACCACAUGUACCUCUGAUUGGUGAAGAUCAGGGCCACAUGAGUCUGGGGCAGUAUGUGCAUGGUGCCCUAGUGCAUAAUGUAUUGGAGGAAGAAGAGGAAGAGUAG